ACGAUGAGUUUAUAGUUUAAAAAAUGAAAAUUUGUGUUAUAACGAAGCGAUUGAUAAAGUGGAAUGAAAAAUCUUUUUGUUGCAUAAGAAUAAAGUCGAUUCAAAGAUAAUGAACUUAAAGAAUUUGCGUGAUAUGAUUGAACGAUUUAGCGAAUGAAAUGUACUUUAAGUACAGUGUGCAACAAUAAAACGAGCGCAAUAAAAAAGGCAAUUGCGCAAAUGCGCAACUGUGUGGAAAAUUGUGUUUAAUUAGUGAUUUAUCAUUGAAGUGUAUCUUACAACACCAUAACGUCGAACAAAUUAAAAAUUUAUAAAUAGAAAAUGAGGCAAAAUCGUGAUGAAUGACGGUCGAACCAGACUAAGGAAAGGCAAAUUUGCCGAUUCAGAUAAUUUGUUAUUUAUACACACAAAACGUUCAAAAAUUGAUGAAAUAAUGGACAACUGUUGAAAUUCAGCAAAAGACAGAAGUUAUAGAACGAAAAUUAUAUUAAAAAUUAAACAUGAGUGACGAACGAAGAAUACCCGGACGGGCAUCAAGUCAAGUGUCAAUUUAUGAUUAUCCAGAACAUCUGAAUCCCUUCUAUGAAGAUGAAAAUCACAAACGAUUACGAUUUUGGAAAAUCAACUCAUCGUCAAAGGGUCAGAAUCAGAAGGCAGGCAGGAGCAACAGCUUUUCGUUCAGCGGACUUAAGGAUAUAUGGGCAUUCAAAUCAUUUAAAUUGAAGAAAAAGUCGUCAACACUUGGCAUAAAUAAAACGUCCGAGAGUCCUCCAGAGUUGCGACGAGUGUAUCCAGUGGGUGACACGUACAACACCGUUGACUCCCGAAGCCGACACACCUAUGAUAUUGGUCUGGGAAAUAAUUUUCAACGAUCCGGUUAUCGCAGUUCCUUACAGAAUGUCCAUUCGUCAGGAGGGGAUUCCAACGGCUUUUAUCGAAACGAUCGAUACAGAAGCACCAUUCAGAAUGGUUCGCAAACGAUAGCAACAUCACCGCAACGGGAUCGAUAUGUGUACAGUGGUUCCGUGACGCCAACACCGCGAACCAGAUAUGUAACACCGCAAUCACGACACGGCUCGUCGCAGACCAGUAUCAACAGUACGAAUCCCUUUGACGAAGAUGACAAUGUUAGUCGUUGUGAGAGUGUCGAUGGGGUGUCGCUGAGAAAACGAAAGAAACGUAAAGCUCCACAACCACCAGUUACGUGUCCUUCAAUUAGUACUACUCAACAAGCAUGUACAACUGUAGAAGAAAUAUCUGGUAAGGAGGACUUGGCCGACAUAUCAAACUUAACAGCCGAAAUAGAAACGUUCGUUCGCACACACGACAACGACCAAGAGAAAUUACGUGAAAACAAUGGAAGCGCGUCGCUUAAGAAGAAGGAAAAAAGUCCACCUAUUCCACCGGCACGAACAUCAUCCAGUGUAGCAACAACUGUAAAAGCAGAAACUUCCGACAAUGCUACCGUCACAUAUUCACAGACAACAGUGACGAUUGAGAAAGUUCCUAUUCGAACAGUUGCAACCGAGUCUCACUCAGUGGAACAGGCUGAUCAUCCAACAGCAACUGUUAUUGAAAGUGAAAAAAUAACUGUACACGAAUCGGUGGCCGAAGAGACGGAACGUAGAAAGGUGAUUGAUCGCAAGUUGGGUAAUUCCCGUGAAAGUCCAGAGAACAACGAGGAUUAUCCGGAAAGGACAUCACAGACUCCAGAUCCCGACAUUGAAAAUGUGAGGCUACGCAAAUUUAAUUCGGAGAAGAAGUUGAAUGUAAACGAAAAAGUUGAAGCGGAUGCUGUGCAAUCUCCGCCAAGAAUUAUCGUUCGUAAACCUACCGAGGAUUGGGAAUAUGAUGAAGAGAUCCAACUGAAUGGUGAUGCUGAUCAUGCAAGCUGUGACGAUUCUCCAAAAACUCCAAUCAGCAGCGAGGUUGAAUUCAUCUUAGAACAUAACACCAGUCAGGGUAGCUCGGAACACAACACCAGUCACAAUGCUUCGGAACAUUACGCUAUUCAGAGUCCUUCAGAGCACAAUAUCAGUCAGAAUGUUACGGAACAGAAAGCCAGUCAGAGUCCUUCCAAGCCCAUUGUCAGUCAGAGUCCUUCCACAUACAAUGCCAGUCAGACUUCUUCGAACCAAAAUACCAGUCAGGAUACUACGGAGCAUAGCACAAGUCAGCGCCGUUCUCCGAGCAGUCAAAAGGUUGAUUCGGAAGUGAUUGUGGUGGAAACAGUGCAGAUUGAGGCAUCGCGGUCAUCAAAUGACUCAAGGGAAAAGCCAACAGUUUCGGUAAAAAAAAACUUCGAAAAUUCUUCGGAAAAAUGUUCCGCAAAAAGUCAUGAAUGCAUUCUAGACGAAUCAGAGUCGGACGAUGUUCCUGAACUAAAAAUUGUUGAAUCUACAGACGAUUUAAGUAGCACGCCUACCGUUAGUGAGCCGCCUGACAGAUAUAAGAUACGCUUUGUAGCCCUGAAGAGUUUCUCACCAGAGGCUCAGCGGCGAGACGUAGAGCUUCGCCCGCACAAUAACCAAGAAAUCGAUGUAGAAGAUAUGGAUCUACCUCCUGCACCGCCUCAAAGACGUCGUUCAGUCAAAGACAUAAUCGCUUCAAUUAAUAAGAGUCAGAGCUUGCUGAAAAUCAAUCAAAAAUCUAAUGGAAAUGCUGAUACUAAGAGGACGUACAAUUACGACACAUAUUUGCCGCAAACGAUACAAACCACCUCAGUCAAAGAACCACAGCCAUUGCAAUCGUCCGACGACAGUAUCAACCGAAAGUACAGCGAACUGGAGGAGAGCGAACGGAAAAUGAGAAAAAUGAUUAGCGAUAUGGAACAGUCGUCUGUCGAUGUACCGCUGCCAGUAGUCGAAAAGUUUGACGAGUUUGUGGUCGAUGAUGGCAAGUCAGGUGAUUUAUUUAAGAAAUGUGUCGUUCGCCGAGACAAAAACUUACAGUCUGGAUCUGGUGCUAGUCAAGAUGAGAAUCGGUCGAGUUUGGAAUGGAACCCAUUGCCAAAGCCACGUAGAAGUAGAAAUCUAUCACACGAACUUGAAAAUGGUAAGAUUUAGUCAAGUGCUUAGCAAUUAUCAAUGUUUUUAUGUAAACGAGACCUUAAAAUAAACCAGAAAUAUAAUUUAAGUUCUUA